ACGCCACAUGCCGACAUCCGGACCUUUUACCGCGGGGCCAGUAUGUUAGGUCAAGGUCAGAUCAGCACGGACGGCCGGAACAACGUACAGUUCGUGUGUGACUUCACCCUGGCAGGGGUCUCCCCUACCACGGACGUACUCACGGACGUGGUGUGGCAAAAGGUGGGCCGUCCCGCCUACAUGAACAACCCGAUGACGUCCGUCUCGGGGUACCCGAACCUGCUCAACUGCCCCAACACCUACGUCUCCAGCACCCCGACCAACUACGGCUUCAACAUCGCCGGACCAAAAACCACGCUGGUGAUCAAGAACGCCACGGCUGCCGACUACGGCGUCUACCGGUGUUACGCCACCAAGGUGAGCCGACAGACGCCGCGGCAGCGUACUCCCGUGUACAUGGAGGUGUACUACGGGCCCAGCGGUACGUCCGGCCGACACUGAACGUGCCGGUAGGUACCCGGUACCGGUACUAGAGUGACUCCGAGUCAAGUGACUCGAUAGGUUUUGUGAGGUUUGCGCAGUACAAGUUACUGAAUCGGUUACUCUUGACUGGUGAACAGAGCAAGAAGGUCAUGUAACCAAACAGCAUUCCUACGUCCUUAAAGCCCACACACUGCCAUCAAGUACACGAAAAGGGCGAAGCCUUCCAUUACCAUGCAUGGUAUAAUAACUGAUGAUGUAUUACUCACAGCACAUAGAUGUUACCAAGGAGGGCGCUGAAGGCAAUGAUCUUUAGUUGAUCUUACAUGUACGGCCGUUACAGGCUACCUCAUACACCCCAGUCGUUAGUCGUUGUGAUAGUUGUUAUGAUAAUUCACGCUAUUGUAGAACUGCGCUGUAAUCACGUAAGAGCAUUUAGUAAAACUCAAAUACGUAGUUUUAUGUAUGUAGUCUUGUAGAUUUUGUGUUACGCUUUGCACCACUUUAGCAUAUGUUUUGAAUGUCUGUACUUAACGUGCAUUGUAAAUCAACGAAUGUAGGCGCACGAUCUUAACCCAAAAGGGUUGGGCGUAGACGCACCAUAAAUUUACCGGUCGGUCACUCACAAGGUUAGUCAGCACGGAGUUAAUAAUUAUUUAGUUAGUUCACGAUCUAUGUCACGCAGAUCAGGGCAUUUACUUGUAUUCCAAGCGUGUCGCGCGAUUGUCACAACUGUUAAACAACAUAUAUGUGUGUCCGUGUUAACUCUUCAUAACAGCAACAAUAAAAUCACCAACAAAA